AUGACAGCCGCAGAGCUGAAAGAAAGUGAGUACGAGUCCAACCAGAUCAGUACGGGUGGAAGCAAGCACUGGAGUGAACAAUGGAGUGGGGCUGUUGAGAUCUCCUCGUAUGUUCUCUUGGCUCUACUUUCUGGAGACGAGGUGACCAAAAAGGAUUUGGAAAUGAGUUCCAAUAUAAUCAGUUGGGACACAGUGGUGGCUGUUCACGCUCUUUUUAAAUAUGCGAGGGCCACAUACCAUGGGAAGAGGGAUGUGACUCUGACAGUGCACAGUGGGUUAAUAGGAUACCAGACCCGGUUCCACGUAGAUGACAGUAACAGACUCUUAUUACAGAGAGCUCCUCUGCCAGAUGAACUUGGGACGUACAUCAUAACAGCCACAGGGACUGGCUGUGUCUAUGUACAGGGGCAUUUGAAAUACCACACCCAUCCUGUUGAAUCCUUCCAACACUUUACCCUUAAAGUGACCACCAAGCCCGACCACUGUACAGCAGAGGCACAGAGAAGUUUUGAGAUCCACGUGACUGUCAGGUACUCGGGAAACCGCGCCACGACCAACAUGGGUAUCAUUGAUGUAUAUCACGUGUCAGGAUUUGCCCCAGUUGCCAGGAGCCUUAAAUUGCUACAUGAAACCAAAACGUUUUCCAUUGUCGUUAAGCAAGAGACGCCGGUAUCCAAUCUACAGCCGGCUAAUGUCAUCAUUUAUGACUACUACGACCCAAGAGAAAGAGCGGAGGCUGAAUACCAUGCCCCCUGUGCAGGUAACUGAUGCCCCUUGUGGUACCUCUUUGCUUUCGGGAGAAGGAAGGCGGCGGCCAAUUACGCACCUCUUACAAAGGGGAACUGACACUGAUAUCAUUUUUAAUCAAAAAAUUUUA